AAAAAUUAAAAUAAAAUCUAACUCUUCAAUCUUCAUCCUCUUUUUAUCCUCUUCAAUUCUGGCCUCAAACGACUCACUGAGCUUCAUCUCUCUCUCUCGCUCUCUCUCUCUCUCUGAAUCGGAGCUUUGAAGCUCUCAUUAAUGGCGGCAACGAACGCACCCAUCUUUGCAUCUUCCUUUCAAACUUCUCUCGCCAUAAGAACCCAACGCAUAGGAGAAUCAUGUCCACAAUCUGCUCGAACUCUAGGUUCUAAUUUCUCCGGUUCGUCGUUGCCGAGAUGCCUUCCGAACAAUAAAGAUGUCAGGUUUAGGAUUGUGAGAAAGGUGAAUGCUGCUGUGGCUGUUGAAGCAUCGCCAACAGAGGAAAUGAAAGAGAUCAAACUUCCAUCUUGGGCUUUGUUUGAACUCGGAAAGGCCCCGGUGUACUGGAAAACUGUGAAUGGUCUACCUCCUACCUCAGGUGAGAAGCUCAAGCUUUUCUAUAAUCCAGCUGCGACCAACCUGGCUCCGAACGACGAUUUUGGGAUUGCUUUUAAUGGAGGGUUUAAUCAGCCAAUAAUGUGUGGUGGGGAGCCAAGGGCAAUGCUCAGGAAAGAUCGAGGCAAAGCUGAUGGACCGAUUUAUACCAUCCAAAUAUGUAUUCCGAAGCAUGCUGUAAACUUGAUCUUCUCAUUUACGAACGGUGUCGAUUGGGAUGGUCCUUACAGACUGCAGUUUCAAGUUCCCAAGCCUUGGCAAAACAAACCAAUCGACUUUUUCAAUCAGGGUCUAGCCGAAGAGUUGAGUAAAGAAGGAGCUUGCGACAGAGCGAUAUUUCCAGACACAAACAUUGUAAUAACGAGAUGUGCAAUGAUUGGUAAUCUUACUGUGGAAGGGGGUGACCGUUGUGAUCUCAAUCUUGUACUAGGCUGCACAGAUCCUAGCUCGCAUUUAUUCAACCCGCUUGCCAAUGUAGAUGAUGGAUCUUGUCCAAUUGAUACAGAUACUGAGGACUAAUACGCCUGCUGCUCAUUUCUCUUGCACCUCAUCCAAAUUCGUGUCAAAUGAGGCACUGCAAGGGCUUUUCUGCAUAUGUAAGAAGUCUCGUUGGAUAGCUGUUUCGACAUCAUUUUAGCCAAGUUGAUCGUAGUCCAUUCCACCAAGCAGGAAGCAAUUUUGUAUCUUCUACUGGUACAUGGAAAAAGAACCCAUCCCAUUAUGUAUAGUUUUAAAGAAAACUUCAUGAAUACAUGAAUUCAAAUUGAUUAUUAUUACUGUUAGUCUGUACAGCUACAAAUUAUUAGUGGCUUUUGAAGUUGUGUUUGUACUGUCCACACCACCCACCAUCAGUCUAAUUUACUAUAAAAGUAAAUAAAUAAAUAAAAUUACCUUUCUUGCCU